AUGAUAAAAUGGGGUUUAUUUGGGGCGGUUAAGCCUUUCAGAUCCAUGGUACCAUUGUCACAAACGAGAUCAUUGAUAAUUUCCAAGUCUUCACUUGUACGUUCCAAACGAGUUUCAACCAUAAGGCCCCAAUUGGCCCCGGUUAAUCCGUACUCAAAGAUCUAUGGAAGAAGAUUUUUUCUGUCUUCCCAUAAGUUGGGAGUUAAUACUAAGGAAGAUUCGUCCACCUAUUUAUUUGGGAGAAAGAUAUCCACCUCAGAACUGAAGAUGCUUAAAUCUUUGCUAGUGACUAUAUGGCCCAAAAAUAAACCAAGCUUUAAGCUUCGGGUCAUAUUUGCAUUAUCAUUAUUGAUUGCUUCGAAGUUAUUGAACGUGGAAGUUCCGUUUUUCUUCAAGAAGAUUAUAGAUGAGAUGAAUGUAGAUUGGAAUGAUCAAUUAGGAACCGUGGGAACUGUAAUUGGUACUUUGAUUAUUGCGUAUGGUGGGGCAAGAUUUGGAGCAGUCUUAUUUGGAGAAUUAAGAAAUGCGGUAUUUGCUUCAGUAGCCCAAACAGCCAUUAAGAGAGUUGCUCAUAAUACAUUUGUACAUUUGUUGAACAUGGAUUUGAACUUCCAUUUAUCAAGACAGACAGGUGGGUUAACUAGGGCAAUUGACAGAGGUACGAAAGGUAUUUCAUAUGUCUUGAAUGCCAUGGUAUUUCAUAUUAUCCCUAUUUCGUUUGAAAUUUCCAUGGUGUGUGGAAUUUUAAUUUAUAACUAUGGAUUAUCCUUUGCUGCUGUUACAUUGGCCACUAUGUUGAGUUAUUCAGUGUUUACUAUAAAGACUACCGCAUGGAGAACAGGCUUCAGGAGACAAGCUAAUAAUGCAGACAAUCAAGCUGCAACAGUUGCAUUAGACUCAUUGCUUAAUUAUGAGUCAGUUAAGUAUUUUAAUAAUGAGGGAUUUCAAGCAUCAAAAUACAAUACGGCUUUAACCAAUUACCAGAAUGCUUCAGUUAAAGUAGCUACAUCUUUGGCAUAUUUGAAUGCUGGUCAAAACUUCAUUUUUACGUCGGCUUUAACGGCAAUGAUGUAUAUGGGAUGCAAUGGAGUUGCUACAGGAUCGUUAACAGUUGGUGACUUGGUGUUAAUCAACCAGUUGGUGUUUCAAUUAUCUGUUCCUUUGAGUUUUUUGGGCUCAGUUUACAGAGAAUUAAAGCAAUCUCUACUUGACAUGGAAAAUUUGUUCCAAUUACAAAAUCAUGAAAUAAAAAUUAAAGAUGCCUCAAAUGCAAAACCAUUAUUAUUAAACAGCACAGGUGUCCCAGGAGAAAUUAAGUUUGAAAACGUUACUUUUGGGUACCAUCCAGAUAGACCAAUUUUACAAAAUGCAUCAUUCACAAUUCCCGCAGGGGAAAAAAUUGCCAUUGUUGGACCUUCAGGAAGUGGUAAAUCAACUAUAUUAAGAUUAAUUUUCAGAUUUUAUGAUGUUGAAAGCGGUAAAAUUUUUAUUGAUGGUCAAGAUAUUUCAAAGGUUACUGUCGAGUCAUUAAGAAGGUCAAUAGGUAUUGUUCCACAGGAUACUCCUUUGUUUAACGACACUAUUCUUGAGAAUAUCCGGUAUGGAAGGUUAGAUGCUACGGAUAAAGAAAUCCAUGAAAUGAUCGAUAAAGUACAAUUGACAAAGCUAAUAGAGGAUUCACCAAAUGGAGUUAAUACUAUAGUUGGUGAAAGAGGUAUGAUGAUUUCUGGUGGUGAGAAGCAAAGAUUGGCUAUUGCUAGGUUACUUUUGAAAAGAGCUCCCAUUACCUUAUUUGAUGAAGCUACCUCCGCUUUGGACACUCAUACAGAACAAUCAUUAUUGAGAACAAUUAGAAAAGUUUUGACUAAGAAGGCAAAUACACAUAUAGCUAUUGCUCAUAGGUUAAGAACUAUUGCUGAUGCUGAUAAAAUUAUUGUUUUGAACAAGGGCCAAGUGCAAGAAGAAGGUACCCACCAUAACUUGUUGCAGAAUCCAAAUUCAUUGUAUUCUCAAUUAUGGAAUAUCCAAGAGAAUUUGGAUAUCGAUGAAGAAUUGAAUGAAUAUGCAAAGGAAACUGAAGAACAGAAAUAG